AUGCUUGAAAGUGCUAAAAGACAUGCAAGGUAUUCAAAAGAUUAUCAAAUACUGAUCAUGGAUAAGUCAGCUCUUAGAGUAUUUUCAUCAUGCUGCAAAUUCUUUGAUGUUUAUCAGGCUAAUGUAUUUCACAUUGAGAGAUUGGAAGUUAAAAGAAAAAGAUUUCCUAAAUCUGAUGCAAUCUAUUUCAUUUCACCCACUCCUUCUUCUAUUAACAGAUUAAUCUAAGAUUUCCAAGAAGAUAUGGACCCCAAGAAAGUUUAAUAUGGGGGAGUACAUCUGGCAUUUACUAGCCAUGUUUCAGAGGAUUUGAUAAAACUUAUUUCUUAGACAAAAAAUCUGACUCCUAGAAUUUAUAGCUUCAAUGAGAUUAAUUUGGAUUUUUAUCUUUACAAUGACAAUGUAUUCCAUUUCCAAAAAAAGCAGCUGAUUCCUGUUUUCAAAAUAGUAGAUGAAAAUGAUAGGGGAGUAGAUAUGCCUAUUAUGAAGAGCAUCUUCGAUGAACUAGCUCAUAGACUAUUUACUGUUUGCGCUAUAUUUAUGGAAUUCCCUUACGUGUAGUAUCAGGGUGAUUCUGUUAUUGCUAAAUCAUUGGCUAAAAAAGUAAAUGAUAAUCUCAAAACUUUCUAUGAAAAGACUAGAAAUAUCAAAAUUAGAGAACCAAGAGGUACCAUUUUAAUACUUGAUAGAGGAUUUGAUCUGAUAGCCCCUGUAGUUCAUGAUUAUUUUUAUGAGUCUAUAGUCUAUGAUUUCUAAAAUAUUCAAGACGAUGGCUAGUUGUAGAUAAACGACACUAAAACUAUAUUCUUAAAUGACUAAGAUGAAUUAUGGGUUAGAUUUAGGAAUAAGCAUAUCGCUGAAGUCCAUGCAAAACUAAAUGAAGAAGUUUCCCAAGUAGCAUCUGAAAGUAAGAAAAAGUAUCAGAAGAAUACCUAGGAUAUGAGUCUUCAAGAAAUGGCUGAAGUUAUCAGAUCUAUGCCUAAAUAUGAAGAGAUGAUGAAAAAGUACUAAGUACAUAUGGAACUGAUAAACAGAGGUAUUGUAGAUUUUUAAGAGAACAAUCUAAGGAAACUAAUUUAGCUUGAAUAGGAUAUUAUUUCUGGGCUUGAUUCUAAAGGUGUCAAAGUUAAUAAUACUAAUGUAGUAAUGUAGGUCAGUUAGAUCAGCAAAAAUCUUAAAAAUUAAGACUAUUUAAGGCUUUUAAUGAUAUAUUUUGCUUGCUAUGACUUAAAUAAAAAAGAUAAAGACACCCUCUUGAAGUCAGUAGAUAAUGAGAAUCAUCGUCAUAUAUUGUAAAACUUGGAAUACCUGAAUGAAAACCUUGCAAACGGAAAAAUCUUGAGAAGAAGGCAAGAAGAACUUACUAAUGAUUAAUUCAAUGAAUAUGCUAGGAAGCUAUCUUAGAGCAAUUACGAAAUACUCAGAACUGAACCAAAAAUUUGCAAACUGAUUAAAUAAAUCCAUGAUUAGACUUUAGAUACUAAAGAUUAUCCCUAUAUUGAUAAACCUAAGCAACAGAAGAAAGUGAAGGAUGUGAGGAAAAAAGGUGCAUCAAAUAAUAUUGGAGCAGAGUUUGAUACUUAAGACAUCCUUGAAAACCCCAGAAUAUUUGUAUUUGUAUUUGGAGGGCUAUCACAUCAUGAGGUAGUAUCAAUAGCAAAUCUCUAAGAAACUUUAAAUGCCUAAAUCGUACCUGGAGCAAAUGAGAUAAUCACUUGUAAGGACUACUUAAACCAACUUGAAAAAUUGCAUAAAAAAGAAAAUGAUCAACACUUUAUAAAAUCACAGCAAACUUAUUUCUCUAAAGACGACAAAGAUGACAUCAAUGACAAUGAUCUUGAAGAUGAAGACACUGCUGAUACUUACGCCAUCAAUUUAUGA